UGAGGUGAAGCAGAGCAGACCCGGCUCUCCCUGCCAAGGACACAGAAUCACAUCUGCAUUUUUCUGCCUCCGCCAUGCAGCUCUCCGCUCACGUCUUCUUCCUGUCAGGCCUGCUUUUCUCUCUAAUCCAUCACUGCUUCUCCCAAAACAACGGAGACGUUGUUAUUACGCAUAACGGCGCCGUUCGAGGCGUGCAGUUUCCGGUGCCGGACGGGAGCUACGUCACCGCCUUCCUCGGCAUCCCCUUCGCCGAGCCGCCUCUGGGCAAGCGGCGCUUCCGGCCCCCUGAGCCCAAGCGCAGAUGGACGGGGGUUCUGGAGGCUAACGCCUACCCCAACGCCUGCUUCCAGUAUGUGGACACCACGUAUCCCGGCUUCCACGGCACCGAGAUGUGGAAUCCUAACAGAGACAUGAGCGAGGACUGCCUGUACCUAAACGUCUGGGUGCCUUCCUCACCCAGACCCCACAACCUCUCAGUGAUGGUGUGGAUCUAUGGUGGAGGGUUCUACAGUGGCUCCUCUUCACUGGAUGUGUACGACGGUCGUUACCUCGCCCACACUGAGACGGUCAUCGUGGUCUCCAUGAACUACCGCAUCGGGGCCUUCGGUUUCCUGGCCCUUCACGGCUCCUCAGAGGCUCCUGGAAACGUUGGCCUGCUUGACCAGAGGCUGGCGCUUCAGUGGGUGCAAGAAAACAUCCAUUUUUUUGGUGGAAACCCCAAACAGGUGACCAUUUUCGGUGAGAGCGCCGGUGGUGCUUCGGUCGGAUUCCACCUGUUGUCUCCAGACAGCAGACCGUUUUUCACAAGGGCCAUCCUUCAAAGCGGAGUCCCCAACUGUCCCUGGGCGUCCGUCAGCCCGGCGGAGGCCAGGAGACGCGCCACGGUUCUGGCAAAGCUUGUUGGCUGCAAUGGAGGCAAUGACACCGAGCUGGUGGACUGUCUGCGUAAUAAAACUCCUCAGGAGCUGAUCGACCAAGAAUGGCUGGUUCUGCCAUGGUCAGCCCUUUUCCGGUUCUCAUUCGUACCAGUGGUGGACGGGGAAGUUCUGCCCGACACUCCGGAAGCCAUGCUGAACUCCGGCAAUUUUAAAGACACCCAGAUUCUGCUGGGUGUCAAUCAAGACGAGGGCUCCUACUUCCUGCUGUACGGAGCGCCGGGAUUCAGCAAGGACAACGAGAGCCUCAUUUCCAAAGAGGACUUCCUCGAAGGAGUGAGACUGAGCGUCCCACAUGCUAACGACAUCGGCCUGGAGGCCGUGGUGCUGCAAUACACCGACUGGAUGGACGAGAACAACGGCGUGAAGAACCGAGACGCCAUGGACGACAUCGUGGGCGAUCAUAACGUCAUUUGCCCGCUGGCCCAUUUCGCUCGUUCAUAUGCGCAACAGCACACGCUAAAGACCAACGCGGGCGUGAUGAACGGCCCUGGGAACUCGCAGGGAGGGGUGUACCUCUACCUGUUCGAUCACAGGGCCUCCAACAUAGCCUGGCCGGAGUGGAUGGGCGUGAUCCACGGCUACGAGAUCGAGUUCGUCUUUGGGUUGCCCCUGGAGAAGAGACUGAAUUACACCACAGAGGAGAAGAAUCUGAGCCGACGCAUGAUGAAGUACUGGGCCAACUUUGCACGGACCGGGAAUCCUAACGACGGGCUGCUGGACAGUCGAAAACGCUGGCCUCUGUUUACUGUCAACGAGCAGAAACACGUAACCAUCAACACAGAACCACUAAAAAUCCACAAAGGUUUGCGCAACCAGAUGUGUGCCUUCUGGAAUCGCUUCCUGCCACGCCUCCUGAACAUCACAGGUAACAUCGACGAGGCGGAGCGUCAGUGGAAGAUGGAGUUCCACCGCUGGUCGUCCUACAUGAUGCACUGGAAGAGUCAGUUUGACCACUACAGCAAGCAGGAGCGCUGCACCGAGCUCUGAGAGAGAAACCAGGAGAAAGUGUUUUUAUUUUCUGCCGUACCUCGCUGAUAACUGACUGUCCGUGUUUCCGUUUUCACCGCACACCGACUCCAACUCUGUUUAUUUAUAUUAUUUAUAUAAUUUAUGAUAUUUAUUGAGGUGUUGUUUCACUGAAUGUGGAUUUGUGUCUGUAGAAACGCGUCGCUGCAGCGUUUGCGCUUGCAUGGCUUUGAGCCCACGGUUUGACCAGGGGGAGGGUUUCUCCUCAUUAGACCCUAACCUCCUUCAUUUCCGCUUCUUUCAGCGUUUCCAGCGUAGCAGCCAUAGCAGCGUUACAUCACAGCAUCUCAGCCGCUCUCUCCUCUCCUCCAUCGCUGCCCUUUUGUCCUCCGCCUCAUCCUUCUCCUGUUCCCCCUCUCUAACCUCCACCCACCCUCUCUUUCAUUUCUCUUCCUUUUGCUGCUCACUCUUUCCUCCAUCAUAAAUCUCCUUUUCUUCCCUCGUCAGCCUCCUCUCUCCCAUCCCUCUUUUUUUCUACUGACUCAUCCUGUCUGAUCCGUCCUUCUUUCCUCGUCCUUCCAGUUUUUUCCGUCUCCAUCUCCCUCCUUUCUUGUUAGUGUAAUGGAGGCCGAGUAAUUCACUCAGCAGAAAGCUAAUGUGACAGAGUGCUAGCUCAGCCUCUGGCCUGCCAGCCUGCGGGACUCGAUGGAUUGAUGGCAAAUGGAAGAGAGAUGAGGGGAGGGACAAAGGGGCACAGCGGAGAGGAGAAAAGCGUUGCAUAAUCUUCCUGAAUGUCGUCGGCAUCAUUUUUCCCGAGGCUCUAAAGAUGUGAGUGGAAUUAGCUGCACCUUCCCAGCCAGAAGAAUCCGUCCCUUAAAAGCCAAAAACAGACGCUGACCUCUUCUUUCUCUUCGUUUUUCUUCUUAUUUCUCAUAUUUAAAAUUGCUUCUGGGCCCCCUGGUGGCCAAAGCCCGUCACUGUACCCAUCUUUAAAUUAAUUCCAACUUUUAUGAGCUGUAAAAAUCCGAUGUUAGCGCAAACAGCUAACAUCUAGAGCUGCUGUGUUAAAGUCGGUGAUGCUAAGACAUAAUAUUCACUACGUAAUGUGUUUACCUCUAAUGCUGGCUUUCCACACGUCAUUAAAAGUC